GUGCAUUUUUUUUUAGAAAAAAACAAUAUGGCGGCGAUAGAGAAUUUUGGAUGAAUUUGUUCCUCCUUUUUUUUUUUCACCCCAUCGGUUCUUUGGAUAAACAUCAAUCAUAACGACGUUGACAAAUUUUGGGUCUUGUUGCACUGUAAGAGAGAUGGGAGCAAAUGCAUCCCAGCUGGAGAAGGAAAUUGGUUCAGAGCAGUUCCCAGUCAAUGAGCAUUAUUUUGGACUGGUCAACUUUGGGAAUACAUGUUAUUGCAACUCGGUGCUCCAAGCCCUGUAUUUCUGCCGUUCGUUCCGUGAGAAGGUCCUACAGUACAAACAGCAUCAGAAGAAUCAGAAGAAAGAGACAUUGCUUACUUGUCUAGCUGACCUCUUCUGCAGCAUAGCAACACAAAAAAAGAAAGUGGGAACUAUUGCACCUAAGAAGUUUAUUACAAGACUACGAAAAGAAAAUGAGCAGUUUGACAACUACAUGCAGCAGGAUGCACAUGAAUUUUUGAACUAUCUACUCAAUACAGUUGCUGAUCUCUUGCAAGCAGAAAAGCUUGGAAAUAAACCUAAACCUUCUAGUGAUGGAAAGACCAAAGCUGAUACCACGUGGGUACACGAAAUCUUUCAAGGGACAUUAACAAAUGAAACGCGCUGUUUGAACUGUGAAACAGUCAGUAGUAAGGAUGAAGACUUCCUUGACCUCUCGGUUGAUGUUGAACAAAAUACAUCUAUUACCCACUGCUUACGAGGCUUUAGUAACACAGAGACCCUGUGUGCUGAACAUAAAUAUUACUGUGAAGUCUGCUGUAGUAAACAGGAGGCCCAAAAGAGAAUGCGGGUAAAAAAAUUGCCACAAAUUUUGGCCUUACAUUUAAAGAGAUUUAAAUAUAUGGAGCAAUACAGCAGAUAUAUCAAAGUUUCUUACCGAGUUGUCUUUCCCUUGGAGCUCAGGCUUUUUAAUACAUCUGAUGAUGCAUGUAAUCCUGAAAGAAUGUAUGACCUAGUAGCUGUUGUGGUACACUGUGGAAGUGGUCCGAACAGAGGUCAUUAUAUUAGCAUUGUCAAAAGUCAUGGAUUCUGGCUUCUUUUUGAUGAUGAUAUUGUAGAUAAAAUUGAUGCUUCACAAAUAGAAGAGUUUUACGGAAUUCCUUCAGACAUGCAAAAGAACUCUGAGUCCGGCUAUAUUCUGUUUUACCAGUCUAGGGAGUAAUAAUCACAGUUUUGAUGUGUUCUGAAUGGCAAAAACAGGUGUUUCGUCAUAGUGAACAAAGAGAAGUGAUUGAUAAUGUUUGUAUUCAAAGAUAAUUUUCAGUAUAAAUUGUCCUGUCUGUGAUAGCACCACAAACUGAAGAAAAGGGUUAGUUCUAUAAACACCUUUCACUGUGAUGUUACCUUUAGAUGUAGCACAAAACAGUCACUUAAAAAGUAAAAAUUAUAUCAGUUAUAAUUUUGUGAUUAUACAUGUGUAUAGUGUCUGUGUCAUUGUACUAAUAAGACCAAAUUGAAACACAAUUUGUACAGUUCAUUAAAAUUAUUAUUAAAAGUGAA